GGAUUUUCUUAUAGAGAUAUAUAUCUUCCUUACAGAGUCUCCUUCUCCUCCAGCUUUUUUUGGGUUUGCAAUUGUUUAGGGAUGGGUGAUGGCUGUACUAUUGAUCAUCCACUUCUCGCAAAUUUCGGCCGCCGUUAUUUCCCCAGAGUAUUAUAUAAGAUUGUGAAUGACCGUAAAACGAAUUCAGUAAUCUCAUGGGGCGAGAACGGCAAGAGUUUCAUCAUCUGGGAUCAGCAAGAGUUUUGCAGAGAUCUUCUUCCGAGGGUCGUUAGGAUAUCUUCUUUUCCAAUAUUCGUGAAGCGGCUUGAGACAUAUGGUUUUACAAAAGUUGAGUCUGACCACUUUGAAUAUGCAAACGAUGAUUUUGUGAAAGGGAAACCUAAGCUUGCUUUAGAGAUACAUAAGCGCUUCGUGGAGACUCUUAUCCGACCAAACUCUGUGUUUAAGCCACUAGGGAUAGAACCGGCUGCUUUGAAGGCAAUGAUGAAGCAAUACAAGGAGUGUCUUCCCCCUGGAACUUUUGACUUCAAGCCAUCAUUGCGCGAUCCGGAUGCUUUGAGGGCUCAUCUUAUGGAUGCCAUGAAGCAAGGGAGAGCUGUGCCAAAGGAUCCAUUAAGCCUUCACGAGAAAGAACUCGCUGCGACAUUGAUGGCUGAUCUCAAGGACGUGAUUAAGCGAAGAAAAGCUUUCUUAAUGGAAGCUUUGGCUGCUGCCGGUCCAUCAAGCGGCGUCACUCAGUGAUUUAUCACUCUUGUUCUUUUAUCCUCUAUCCUUGGACUAGUAAUAUAUUGUUGUCCUUUAAUUUCUCUUCUUCUUUUAUCAUUGCAAUUUGCUACAAUCUCUGAACUAAAUGCUCUUAUGAUCC